CAAUAUAAAGUUGAUGAUUAACCAACGUUGUAACAAGGGAAAAACGACAGAACCCAUUGGAACUGAUCACGCUCCCACAGCAAAAAUACAAGGAUUCGGUUUUCAUUCAAAUAACGAGGGGCGCUGAAUGAUCAAUGCAUAUUGAUAUCUGAAUUGCAAAUUCAAGCGUUAGGAUAAGCUCAGUAAAACGCCCUGGCGGAAAGAACAGCAGAAAAUAGUUAUAAUUGCUUUCCGUUGUAUUCCAUGCGAAAAAAGGAAGCGCCAUAUCGUCUAGCUAUUAUGACAAUAUAGGAUAACGCACAUGUAACUUUGAAUGCUUCAGUUGAACCAUCUCCCGGAUUCGCAGGAAAAGACACAAAUACACGUCGCUUAAAACAUGUGCAAGGCAUAGGAAAGCUCUGUAUAUCUUUCUACAUUUUGCAAGAUUAUCAUACAUGCAUAUAUCUAGCUCAAAUGUGUAUCCUCGGACACUGUAAAUACUAAACACUGAGGCGGUAAGAACAGUCAGUGGAAGCCAAAUUCCAAAUGGUGUCAUCAAAACUUCAGAGAAUCAUUCGCAAACAGCUGUGACAGUAGGAGAAAAGGUCGCCAGGGUGCCAUUUUGAUAAUAACUCCGUGAGAAACUGCCACUCGUUAUCAGAAUUUAUCAAGAUACUGCGAUUUAUACCCCAGUGGAGAUAUCGAAGAAACUAGUCGAUAGCGUUCAAAUCAUGACGACGGAGGAUAAACACCCGAAAACGAAACACUGCAACGGGCUGCUGUUUGAAUGUAGACAUACCAACAGUUUAAUUUUAAGUUUAAAUCUAUGAAAUCUGACAGAGUGCGAAACAAAAAGGAGCUAUCACAGACGGCUAGCUAGCUAAGUUAGUACCGGGUGGAAGAUCACUGAGACGACUCUUUUUGGGAAACUCAAGAGACGGUACACCGUCACCACCACAAAUGGCCAGGAUGCCAUUCACGAACUUUGAGGACUUGAACAAGGCUGCUAAUUUUAAAUUCAAGGAGGCCAUGAUGAACGAACGGAGCAAACGAUGGAGCAAGGCGGUACAGAAUUAUCGUAGUUUGCUGAGUCUGAUAAGUCUGGAAAAUUUCCCACCUAACUAUGAGCCGCCAGACGGUUACGGCAUGCUGCUCUAUGAACUGUACUACAGUCUCGGCUGGGCACUACAGCAAGUUGGAGAGCACACCAAAGCUGUAAAAGCCUAUACCAAGUCCAUCAACAGUGUCAGUAUUCCUAAGAACGGCUGUUUGGCGGGAUGUCAUUCCAACUCGUGUCUUAUGACGCCCGUGCAUGCCAAACGAGCGUUUGCUUAUGCAAAAUCAGGGGAUCUCAAAAAUGCACUUAAGGACGCCGAGAAAACAGUCGUGUUGGACAGUCGUAAUCCGGACGUGUACUGCAUACGGGCACUUGUGCGAAACAGCCGAGGUGAAGAAGUGCUGGCUCUGCAAGACGUCAUCAAGGCACUGAGCUUGAACUCCAACCACAUCGCUUCUCUCAUCAUACGAGGAACACUGCAGGCACCCGUGAUACUAUCAGACUGGCCCGGCAGCGAGGCAAUGUCGCCAAAUAAAGACCAUGAGAAAGCCAUAAAGAUCAAUCCUGAUAGUCAAAACUUCCUCAGUGUCACAAGUAUGGAGCAUCCUGACGUCAACAGGUUCUAUGACAGAUUCCUGUACUCUCUGAAUGUUCCUCACACCGUCAAUGUCAUCAAUAUGAUGCCAAAGUCAAGGGAAAAAUCGAAAGAGGAACCGAUGCCUCAUGGCAAGGGAUACGAAUCUCCCAUGAAGUUCUUACAUCACCAAACAGAGGGCGCGAAAUCUGCUGCCACAUCCACUUCUUUCCGCUGUGGGUCAACUACGACAUAUGCCAGUCGGGCUGCGCAGAGGAGGAAAGAGUAUGGAAAUAACAUCAGACGACAUCUAAGUGAAACUAGACCUAAAACAACUAGUGAAAUUUUGGCCAACUUGUACAAAAGCCUACAGCAAAAGCAUCAACAAAACCGUCCAAUCACGUGUAAUGAGACGCGCAUGCCCAGACAAACCAGCUUAGACAGUGACACACUUAGGUCCUCGAUUUCGCUUGAUGACGUCAGUACAAGCGCGUCCAGACAGUUGAAAGAGGUUCGAUUGACGUCAUCGUCGACAUCACAAGCUUCAAGAGAUACUUUGUUAACCAAACCGCAAAGCGCCGACGGAUCUAUACCCAGGACCAAAGGGUCAAGGAACUGUCAACUUGGGCCUUCAAGUGGACAACAUUUGAGGACGCUCAGUGCGAGUAAGCCAAUGACACGAUCACAAAGUGCGGGCACGAGGUCGUCAUCUAGUCGAAAUUCUUCUAUUGCAGUAUUUCAGCCAAUUAAUGUUAAGGAAGCCCCGCGGAUGUAUUACAGGCCUUGGAUGGGAGACAAGCUACCUGUAGCUGAGAUACCACAACGGAAACCUACACCGGCGUUUUAUUGAGUGCAACAAAUAAAGACUUGGAGACUUUUCUUUUAAUGUAGAACACACCCGGGUGCUUUUCCAUCUGGAACGCCUGUAUUCGUUAGAGGCAGGAAUCGAUAUGUUUCUCCAGGCUGUCUACGGAGAGCAGUGCAUGUCCAUGUCGCCAUUAAAAUUGCGCCCCAGUUUUACCAUUUGACAUAAUUUUAUGUCAAUUAUUUGACAUAAUUAUAACUUUGCCAUAUAAUCAUGUUAAAACUGCGGGUCAGUUGCGUUUUAAAACACGUCAGUUUAACACAUCAAGGCGCUAAAAGGACAGUGCCCUCUUUAAGUGGUGCCCAGGGCACGUGCAAUGCCCUAGACACGCCACGUAACGUAUAUAUGUUGCUACAUGAAAGCACUGUUCCUGUUGACUUCUAGAACAUGCAUGUUGCCAUUUGGACAAGAUUUGAUAACUUAUUUUUUAUGCAAAUACCAGUUAACUACCGAUGGAAUUCUUAACGUGACGGUUCUGCACGACAAUUGUCAAUUCCGAAAAGCGUUUAUAUUAUGGAGAUAAAUGUACUUUAUUCUCA